CCCUCCUUGAUCAGCGCAAACGUUGGUCUGAGGCUUAAGCGAUGGAGCAACAUUUUCUUGGCUGUGUGAAGCGGGCUUGGGAUGCCGCAGAGGUGGCGCCGGAGCCCCAGCCUCCACCUGCUGUGAGUUCAGAAGAUCGUGGGCCGUGGCCUCUUCCUUUGUAUCCAGUACUGGGAGAGUACUCAUCGGACAGCUGUGAUUUGGGACUGCUUUCCAGUCCUUGCUGGCGGCUGCCCGGAGUCUACUGGCAAAACGGACUCUUGCCUGGAGUCCAGAGCACCUUGGAACCAAGUACAGCGAAGCCCACUGAGUUCAGUUGGCCGGGGACGCAGAAGCAGCAAGAGGCACCCGUAGAAGAGGUGGGGCAGGCAGAGGAACCCGACAGACUCAAGCUCCAGCAGCUUCCCUGGUGCAGGCCUCCCCAUCCCGGGGACAGACAGCAGGACACCGAGGUCUGUGACAGCGAGUGCCUUUUGGAACGCCGCCAUCCUCCUGCCCUCCGCCUGCGGCGCCACCUCCCGGGUUUCUCAGACUGCCUGGAGUGGAUUCUUCGCGUUGGUUUUGCCGCGUUCUCUCUACUCCGGGCGUGCUGCCCACGGAUCUGUGGAGCUAAGCAGCCUUAGAUAGCAGCAGAAGGCUUUUUGGAUUCUCCUCCUUGAAAAGAUUCUCAGUUACCAAACGUCUCCACCUAGAAAAUAAAAAUACGUUAAGACGUGCU